CCAUCAUGGUAUGAAAUUGCUAUUGAAUUGACACACUUUCAACCAGGAAAAUAUGAAGAUCUCGGCACUGGUUUUCUUGGCCUUGGCCACAUUGUCAAUUAUACCAGCACAAGAUCUCAGCAACGGCGUUGGAGACGUUUGCUCCAUUAUCACCUCAGAUCUUUUUGACCAAAUGCUCAAGCACCGGAACGAUGAUACUUGUCCCAGCAAGGGAUUCUACACUUACGAUGGCUUCAUUGCAGCCGCAAGGUCGUGCAACGGGUUUGGCACCACUGGCAAUGAUGACACGCGUAAGAGGGAGCUAGCUGCGUUCUUCGCCCAAACCUCUUAUAUAACGAUUGGUGGGAAUUGGCAGGCGGGCAACGCAUCGGAUGGUCAGUUUGCAUGGGGAUAUUGCGUUGUAAGAGUAGGAGGUCAUCAUCCACCUCCAUAUUGUACCUCCCCAGACUGGCCAUGUCCCCCUAGUAAAAGCUAUUAUGGUCGAGGACCCGUCCUUCUAACUCACAACUACAACUAUGGUAUGGCAGGCCAAGCAAUUGGAGUGGAUUUGAUCAACAAUCCAGAUCUGGUAGAAACAGACACGACCACAUCGUUCAAGACGGCCAUAUGGUUUUGGGUGACCCCACAGGGGGGCAAGCCGUCGCCGCACGAUGUCAUGACCGGAAGAUGGACCCCGUCUGCCGAUGACAUUUCGGCGGGUCGUCUUCCUGGCUUUGGCCUUGUCACCAACAUCUUCAGUAGUUGGGCGUGCGGUCGAGGUGAGCCCGUGGAGGACCAUUGGAUCGGGUUUUACAAGAGAUACUGCGACAUAUUGGGCGUGAGCUAUGGGGACAACUUGGAUUGCGACAAUCAAAAACCUUAUGCCUAAGCGGCUCUUUGUAGUUUGUACGCGUUAUGACUCACUAACUCACUGUAAGGUAAAGCUUUUCCAAAGCAAUUAAAUAAAGGCAAAGCUCUUGUGAGUCCUACCAAUUAAAAUGCCAUCCGUUACUUCUCCAUUAAAAUCAAUUAUCGUGAUAUCAAUCGUGCAAUUACAUGCU